CUUUUUUAGUUUUCCUUUUCUUUUUAAGCAACGUCUUUGUCUCGUUUUUCUAUCGCAUCAAUUUUUUCGGUGUUGAUUAUUCGCCGGCGCAAUGCAGGAACGAUCCGCCGCCGCCGCCGCCAAUCCGAUUGCUGCUGGUCGUCUGCGCUCGAGCAGCGAGCGAUCAUCGAGCUCUGCCUUCCAACUUGAACGUGAAAUUAAAGAAGAUAUAGGAGUAGACAGCGAUGAGGAGGAGAUCAGCAGAGUGCCGCAGAUCUGCGGCAACUCUGCCUCCGCCGGCGGCACUUCAGCGUCUGGUAAAGCCCGGGCCCAAUCCGCUGGAUCAGACGGCCCUAGGAGUAGGGGACGAAGCGCCGCUGACAAAGAAAGCAAAAGGCUUAAGAGAUUGUUAAGAAACAGAGUUUCAGCCCAGCAAGCAAGGGAGAGGAAAAAGGCGUAUCUAAAUGAAUUGGAAAUUAGAGCAACGAACUUGGAGAAAAGGAACUCCGAGCUUGAAGAAAAGCUGUCCACGUUACAGAAUGAAAAUCAGAUGCUUAGACAAAUACUAAAGAAUACGACGACCAAUAAGAGAAGUGACGGUGAUGCUGCCAAUGCCAAUGAAUCUAUAUAGUUGAAAUUUGUAGCAUGUACAAGAUAACAUUUAAUAGCUAGAAGGGAAUGAAAAAAUCAAAGUAGUAAAUAACGUUAUCAACUAGAAAGGGAUGAAAAGUUUAAAAUAGUGUUUAUUUGGAUAAAUUAUUUAA